UUUUUCCUAGUAAAGAAAUAAUCAAAUCCUAUCUGAUAUGUACACUUGAUAAUUUCUUCAUAUUUUGACAUUUCAUAUCUGUGGUUUUAAUACGCACAUACAACAAAUUGUUCGUUGAGGUCGAAAAUUUUCUAUUUCUCGAUCUAAGCUUUAGAUUGUAUUUUCAAACGAUAAGAUACGAAGUCCAGUUGUGCCACUUCUCCGACACGUUCCGUACAUUAUUCCCGACCAGUCCGACAGAUUGAUCAAAGUUUCUCUGCUUCCACCCCUCUGCGUGAUUCUUGAGUCUCUUGUCUGCUCCAAUACUCUUUCUUCUUCUUCUUUUUCUUUUUUUUAUUGGAGUAUUCGUACAUACAUGUACAACAUCGCACAUCGUGUUCAGCGAGAUCCGUCGAUGUCUGACGAAGUGCAAGCAGUUAUCAGUCGCCUUACAAGCGGUUGCUAUGCGAUAUGGUAGGGGUUCUCGGAGUCACCUAGCUCGACCAGUCAGAAGUCAGUGUGUGUAAGAGCCGGCCGGUCGUGCCGGCUCCUUUUCCUGUCCCUGUUUUCGCGCAUACGUUCUUCUCGCGGCGCCGUCGCGACUUUAUCGCUCCGAAAAGAGAAUCCUCGUCUCGACCUACGUCUCGACGCGUGACGGAACGACCGCACGGAUCGAUCGCGAGAACGAUCCGCAACGAGCUAGAAGAAAAAAAAGAAAACGGCAUCUCUUUGUAACUAUAUUCGCGUUCGGUUCUCCAAAUUGAAUAUCGACGCCCAAAUCCCGUUAAGUUCGAAAGAGCCCACACUGAAAAGACUCGUGGCACUUUUGCGACGAGACCGUUUUCGAGAGACCACCAACAGCAAGGUCACUUUCGAGUUCACGGUAGCGACAUGUGUUUAAUUUAGAUUCCGUGUUGCUAUCGGUGUCAAUGCCGGUAUCGGUUACCGGGAUAGAAUAUUCAAAAGAAAACAAACACACAAAGACGAAGCAGGCAGAUUUUAAAAGAGAAUUCUCUGAAAAUGACGAGCGAAUAAAUGUGCGAAAAUAACAUAGCUUAUUAAAUUGUAUUGUGUUGUGUGUUGGCUUCGUUCGUGUGAGGUCACUAUCAUAUCACAUGGCAGAACGUCAUGAGCGUUAACACUUCUGUCGCAAAUUCGUCGCGUGCGAAGACGCGGAAAUGGAUAUGAUUUUUAAGAAUAAAUCCUAUCGCUCGAUCGCACUGAUAAGUAGAUAAUGUUCUUCGAUGUUUGGUGAAUUGCAAAUACCCCGAGUGGCCUGUACGGAACUCCAUGAUCAUCAACGGUAUUACGAUUGGUACAUAAUACAUUACUGGCUUGUAAGUUCUAUUACGGUACACGCAAGUUUUUGGAUGAGAAAUAGUCGAUUAGUACACGAUAUUCGACUCGGUUUUGCGGAGAAAAGUGAUCAUGACACAGAGAGGAAUCCAGGAUGGGUCAAAGACAUCUGCGGAACAAACUAAAUCGAUGUUUCACCACGCUUUUCGGACGUCCUACUGGGGACCAACUACGCAAGAAGUGCAUUUUGGGACGCAGUGCGACAUAUGCCGAUGAGCGAUGUCCAUGCACGAGAACGGCAACUCGGCCAGCGUGCCGGCAGGCCGAGGCAGCGACUCGACCUCGCCUUUGCCCUUGUCGUUAGAGGGUAGGCACGCUGAGGAAGCAGCCGGUUCCACUGUCCUCAAGAUGGGCAGCACGGACUCGGCAGGCAACGCCCGCGGGCCCUCCUGUGGUUUGGUCAGCACUCUCCUUCCUAGCAGCUGUCGGGGUAGCGCAGAGGCAUUCGCCCGGUGUCUUCAUCGACGACUAACGUCGUUAGGUAACGAGAAUGGUUCGCCUGAACGGACCGCGGAUGCCAAACCUUGUGAAACCUCCUGGCUGCAUCCGUCAUCGAGCAAUCGCCACGCAGUCACCAAUAAUCUGACCGUCAACAAUCAACAUUCGAUCCUUCAGCAUCAGCCGCGUCAUAGUCCGGAAUCAGAUCUCUUCUACGACAUCGAGGUGGAAGAGGCGGAAGUGGACGGGCCGGGUUCGCCUCCCGAGGAAGCGACCGCCGCUGAAUUGGCGCAUCUGCUGGUGAACCCGGAGAUCCUGAAAACGGGUCAUCACGAUGCCUGUCAUUGCUCGCCUAGCGGAACCAAGAUGACGUCUGGCGUCACAGGUAUCCAUCAAGAUCCUGAGUCCUGCGUGUUUGCAUCACCAAUAACCGGUACGUCACCCGAAAGUGAUACCUCAGAAAUGUUCUUCGAUCCGGAAUCCUCGGAUGCAGACAAAUCAAAAGCCGAAGUAUAUUUCGAUCCUAUCAGCACUUCGGACAGCGAGGCCACGAAUCUCUCAAACACUCCCGUUCCCGCGAGGACCAAACUUGCGUCGAACGGACGCAAGCGAACGAACGUGAAUCCGGAACGUUGCGAGGACACAACAUCCGAAUCGAGUUGCUCCUUGAGAAGAAACUCUGCAUCUCGCGAGAAUGGCCGACAGGAGGGAUUGGUCUGCAGCUCGGAAGACUCACUGAACGGCAGAAGCUCUCAGGAAACGACGUCGCCUAGCCACGAGUCUCUGUGGAGCACGUUCGAUGACAGCACUGUAUCGCUGCAGGAUGAAAGUCCAACCAGAACAAUUCAGGACUCUGUUGUCCCUCAUAUCUGUUUGCCUAAGUCGCAUUCUGACUCGGAGCUACCAAGUAACGGUAUCAGCACAGUAGUGUUUAAUAAACUCGACAGGCGGGACGAGGAGGAGGAGAAGGAGGAGGAGGAGGAGGUGGAUGAACGUAAAAUCGAUGAAGUUGAUUUCGUUAAUAGUAUAUCGAAGAAUGUGAUGUGCGAUGUUAGGAAUGGCAGUCUUUCCAUGACGCAAGAUGUCAAGAAUGAUAGUGACCUAACGAAGGAUGAUUCUUUUAAUGAUGCUGAAGAUAUGAUUAAUAUAAUUGAAGAUGAGGAAAAGAAAGAAUGUAUAAGAUCGGAAUGUCAAAUGGCGUCGAAGAGUUUGUCGCAAUUAAAAGUGGAAGAUGUAGCCAGUGACACUGAUACCGAUCAUUCAUCUUAUAGUAGUACCGUCGACAUUUCGGAUGCGUUUACAUUGGAAUAUUCGAAUAAUGCCGCAGUGACCGAGACGACCCCGAGGAACGAGCUGAAGUUAAAGCUCGAGAAGGACACCGCGCUGAACGACAACGACGAGGAGAAACUGUGCCUAUUACUGAAGAAAUUUGACGGCAGUUCUGCCGCGAAGGGGGAGGAUUCUUUGCCGGAACAAGAGACCCAGAGCGAGACGGUAGAAGAAGAGGAAGACAGACCGCAGAGAGUUCGAAGAUGUUCCUCGUUAAAGACGGGAAAAACGCCACCGGGUACACCGCACAGGAAGAAGAUUGUCCGGUUCGCGGAUAAGCUUGGUCUCGAUUUGGCCGAUGUGAGAACGUUCUUAGACGAGAUACCGAAAAUACCCACCUCCGCGUACAACGACCUGAUCUACGAUGACAUCUUUCGACCGCAGGACGGCAAUUCGGACAACAUAGCAUCCGUCAGCAAUGAUUGCUGUGAUCAUUAUCAGAAUGAUGGCAGGCGCAGAUCUACGUCAGUGAUACCCAGAAAAGUCGAUCGAAUGCUGGUGCCACUUUUCCAACAGCCAGGCGGCAUGUCGAACUUUCUGGAUAUGGUGCGUGAGCGCCGGGUUUGCUUGGAAAAUGUAGUUGUACAGGACCCAGUGACUCUGGCGAUUCAGGGUACGGUGCGUGUAAUCAAUCUCGAUUUCCAUAAGUCUGUACACGUGCGAUACACCAUCAACUCUUGGCGAAACUUCAGCGACCUACAGGCGAUCUAUGUACCUAACUCGUGCGACGGUUUCAGCGAUAAAUUCUCUUUUAUCUUGUAUUGUCAUACGUUAAUGGUCGGUCAAAGGCUCGAGUUUGCAGUCCGGUUCCAAUGCAAGGGCGCGCAACAUUGGGAUAACAAUGCCGGUGCUAAUUACUGCUUCCAAUGUCUGCCAGUGUCGUCAUCAACCGGAUAUAUACCGAUCACCGCCGAUGAUCGGCGCGGAAGCUGGGCACCGACGUUCUACUGAUGAACAUCCAGAGCAUGCGUUUGUCUGAUUCGAUGACGUGACAACGUGGCUCCGGGAACACAAACUGACUGAAGAGAUUGUUGAAGAGGCUAACGGUGCGAGCUUGCGGUACUCGACGGUUUUUACACGUUCCUAAAUAAGUGCUUUGUAACGAAGUGUGCAAAACGGAACAUUCGGAAUUCAUUACUGUUGUUCGUUGCUUCAGGGAGCUCUCGAAAAGUUUUCGGCAUACAAUAUGGCAUAUAUUGAUCUUCGCAAAGAUAUCGGACGUCAAACAUUAUUGGAGAUAAUACUAUUUUGAAAAGAAAAAUUGUAGUGCAAUAGCAAUUUUUUUCAAACGGCCAACUAUAGGAAUAGUAACGAGUGAAAAACAUUUGACUGUGGAUUAUGGGAACAACGAUUUUAUUGUUACGAUCAAUUGUCUUUGCAAUGAACAGAUGGAGUUGCUCAAUUAUCAAACGAUUCUAAUGCUUUUCAUUGAAUUUAUUAAUUGAUUUAGUAUCUUGGAGGCAAAAAAAUCACACACGCAAACACGUAUAUACGAUGUGAAUUAGCAAUAAAAUGUGAAAAAUGUCGUAUGUUUAGACACACAUGAGGCAUUUAAGCCUGCUUUUCUGCCCACAAAAUAACAUGGAUUAAUCUAUUUUCAAGAAAUACUAAAGGAUUAUAAUAAUUUAUGUUAACAUCAGACUGCUCUGUCAAUAGACAAAUAUAUUUUCUUACUUUCCAAAGUCUCUUUUCACGAAAGUAUUUUCUGAGAGAUUGCGGAAAGUAUUUCUGCCUACAUAGUUUGUCUUAAACUGUAUUUAUUAAGCCGAUGGAGAUUAUAAAAGCUGGAAUCCUUUCAACGAAACAGAAAACGAAUACUCAUCUGGGAGUUCAAAGCUGUGAAAUAGGCUAAUACAAUUGACAGGAAACAUUAAGAACAAAUAGACGGUUUAAGCGUUCCUAUGGAGUAUCUAUGCAGAGUCUAUGUCAGAGUUAAGAAUGAGAGAUCAUUUAUUUGAUUGCAUGAAGGAACUAUCGCACGUGGCCGCGAUUUUAUUAGCGUUAUCCAGUACAAUGACGAUAUAGAUGAUAAUAAAACGAAUGCUGAUAUAAUGAUAUUAGUUCUUGUUAGCGACAUCGUACGAGUUUAGAGAUCAUCGUAGAGAGGAUAGAUGUUCCAUAAGAUAUUACAUUAGAGACAUUUAUAUUUCUUCUACGGAAUAAUGUGUUCGGUAUUGACUGGAACGUUUGAAUAAAACGUGCGAUUUAAAUUUAAUCGAUGGCUUUAAAGAUAUAUCAAUAUCUUGAUUUGAUA